AUGGAGGCGAUGGUGCUGCUGAACGCGCUGGGCACCCGGCUGCUCUUCGCCCUGCACGCGCUGCUGGGCGUCUGGCGGGUGGCGGAGGUGAAGAAGGAGCGCAAGUACUGGCUGCUGGCGCUGCUCAACCUCUUGCUGUGCCUGGAGACGGCGCUCACGCUCAAGCUCAAGCGGGGAAGGGGCUACAAAUGUGGGGAAAAGGAUCACAUCGUCUCUGCAAGGAGAAGAACAAAGGUGGCCUUUCAGGAUGGGAGGCGGAUGGUCUACACGGCUUCCUGUUUUCAAGCUUAUCCACCUCUUCUGCAACAUCUCAACUGUGAUCGAGCAGCUUCGUCCGCAAAAGUUUUUCACCUGCUCCUCUGCAGACACAGCGCCGACCUGUGGAACAUCGGCAUCAGCUUGUUUAUCCAGGACGGCCCUUUCCUUGUGGUGCGCCUGAUCCUGAUGGGCCACUUUCGAGUGGUGAACCAGAUGCUCGUGUUUUUUGCAGCCAAGAAUAUUUUGAUCGUGUUGCUGCAGCUGUACCGUCUGGUGGUGCUAUCGCUCGACUUCCACGCCUCCCUCCAGCGCAGGGCAAAAAGCCAGAAAGGAGCCACUUCCAGUUGCCCCUGUGAGCCCAGCUCCAUCCGCCUCCCAUCCAAUGGCCUGCUGGAUGGAGGCGACUUGACUGAGUGCUUGUGA